AUGGCGUGCCCCCAAAAGCACUCUCUCCGCCUUUUGACCCUUCUCCUUUUCUCUCUCCUCUCCUCUCCUGCUUUCUCUCUCAAAAAGUCCUAUGUAGUGUACUUGGGAUCUCACUCGCAUGGACCUUCGGUCUCUACCGCUGAUCUUGAUCGUGUGACUCUUUCUCAUCACAAUUUUCUCUCGUCUUUCGUGGGCAGUCAGGAAAGGGCGAAAGACUCCAUCUUUUACUCGUACCAGAGGCACAUCAAUGGCUUCGCCGCCAAUCUCGAGGAAGAAGAAGCUGCCGAGAUCGCCAAACAUCCUGAUGUGCUGUCAGUGUUCUUAAACAAAGGAAGAAAGCUGCACACGACUCGUUCAUGGGAUUUCAUGCUUCUCCGCAAAGACGGCGUGGUUCGCCAUUCGUCCCUGUGGUCGAAAGCUCAAUACGGACAGGACACAAUCAUCGGGAACAUUGACACCGGUGUUUGGCCCGAGUCAAAAAGUUUCAGCGAUGAAGGGUAUGGACCGCCUCCGGCUAAGUGGAAAGGCAAAUGCCAGAAUGAUACUAAAGAAGGCGUUCCUUGCAACAGGAAGCUCAUUGGGGCUAAAUACUUCAACAAAGGGUACUUCAGCGGUACAGGCGUGCCCUCAAACGCCACGUUCGAAACGGCUCGGGACAACAACGGCCAUGGCAGCCACACCCUCUCGACCGCAGGCUGAAACUUUGUUCAGGGCGCUAAUGUAUUCGGAAAUGGGAACGGCACGGCCAGUGGCGGCUCUCCUAAAGCCAGAGUGGCCGCGUACAAGGUCUGCUGGCCACAGGUGCUCGACGGCGGAGGAUGCUUCGACGCCGAUAUUCUGGCCGCAUUCGACGCCGCCAUUGAUGACGGCGUCGACGUUCUGUCCGUCUCCGUCGGUGGAGACCCAGAUGAGUACCUCAACGAAGGAAUGGCCAUUGGAUCUUUCCAUGCGGUCAAAGCCGGCAUUACGGUCGUGUGUUCGGCUGGGAACUCAGGCCCUCAAAAUGGUUCUGUCUCGAAUGUCGCGCCAUGGAUUCUUACUGUCGGAGCUAGCUCCAUCGACCGAGAGUUUCAAGCUUUCGUCGAACUCGAGAACGGUCAACGUUUCAAGGGAACAAGUCUGUCAGACCCUCUGUCCGAAGAAAAGAUGUACACGCUGAUCAGUGGCGCCGAGGCCAAAGCUGCCAAUGCAUCAGCAACUGACGCAAUGGUGUGCAUGAAAGGGAGCCUUGACCCGAAGAUGGUGAAGGGGAAGAUCAUAGUGUGUCUAAGGGGAGAAAAUGCUCGUGUGGAGAAGGGCGCACAAGCUGCAGCCGCUGGUGCCGCCGGAAUGAUACUCUGCAACGAAGAGGCGAGCGGCAACGAGAUCAUCUCAGACGCUCAUGUUCUUCCCACUUCUCACAUCAACUACCAGGACGGUCUCAAGGUCUUCUCCUACCUCAAUUCCACCAGGAAUCCGAAGGGAUACCUCCGCCCACCGAACAGUAAGCUGAACACGAAGCCAGCACCGUUCAUGGCAUCUUUCUCGUCGAGAGGGCCAAACACUAUAACACCAGACAUCCUCAAGCCCGACAUAACAGCCCCCGGAGUUAAUAUCAUAGCCGCCUUCACCGAAGCCACCAGCCCGACGGAUUUGGAUUCGGACAAACGCAAAACUCCUUUCAACACCGAGUCCGGAACUUCCAUGUCAUGUCCCCACAUCUCCGGCGUUGUCGGCCUUCUCAAGACCCUUCACCCUGACUGGAGCCCUGCCGCCAUCAGAUCCGCCAUCAUGACUACCGCUAGAAGUAGAGAUAACAGGAUGGCGCCCAUUCUGGACGGUACGUUCGAGAAGGCGACUCCGUUCGCGUACGGAUCGGGACAUGUCCGACCGAACAGAGCCGGAGACCCUGGACUUGUCUACGAUCUCUCCACUGGCGAUUACUUGAACUUCCUCUGCGCCGUUGGCUACACCGAAACCAUGAUCCGAAAAUUUGCCGAGCAACCCUACAAGUGCCGUGAGGGAGCCAACCUGCUCGACUUCAACUACCCGUCCAUCACCGUCGCGAGCCUCACCGGCUCUGUGACUGUUACCCGCAGGCUCAAGAACGUGGGAGGAGCCGGCAAGUACAUGGCUCGUGUGCGCGCUCCUGUCGGAGUCUCCGUGUCUGUGAAGCCCACACAGCUUGAGUUCGGCGAGCUUGGGGAGGAGAAGGUGUUUCAGAUGACUCUGAGCCCCAAGCCCAAUUGGCGUUCUUCUGGCUACGUCUUUGGAAGCCUGACCUGGACCGAUGGCCAUCAUUACGUCAGGAGCCCCAUCACCGUUCAAGUUGAAGCUGCCUCCUAAUUGUGUUUCUUCUCUUUGACCAAGACAAGACAAAGCAUUAAUGUUUCAUCAUUUAAUCAUAAAAUAACAUUCAUACAUAUAUUCUUAUCCCAUAACCAACGUGGUCAUUUGGGGGUUUAGGGUAUAUUUAG